UAAUAUGACAUUUACAUUCAUAAACAACGAAUCCGGCCAAGAUAAGUUGCUGGAUUCGAGAUUUCUCUGGAGAGUGAAAUAAAAUCGCUCUAGAAAUGGUGAAAUUGGACACCUGGUGAGUCUCCUUUUAGGACUCUUCGCUUUUUCUCCUCCCCUCACGUUCCAGUGUAACAAAACGCUGCAAAAUUCCCGAAGUUUUUAGCCCGUCCCGAGGAUUUGUCAUAUCACCUAGCCCACGUACGCCUGCAUAUUCUGCUACUAACUACUGUUAUUGAAGUAACUUACUUUACGUUAACGUUCAGCUUGUUAAUGAGGCUGCCUAACGUAUGGGGACGUUUUAAAAAACGAAACGUGCUGUGGAAAGUGUGAAAGCAGCGAAGGAAGACGAGGCUGGCGCGUAACGACGAGAGUAACUUUUGGAAAACGAUGGGAACAUAAAGGCCUCUUUGGCGACCAGUUUGACAGCGCAACUUGUAAAACAUCUUAAAAAUUUCAUCUAGACAUAUAGACUAAUACGCUUUUACUGUGGUCUAUAAAACUGACGGUGUAAAGCAUACUUAGCUUGCACGUCACAUCUCAUGGGAAUCCGUAUUUUUGCUAGCUCGUUAUUACUUUUAGGUCCAACCAAAUUUGAAGGUGAGUGCUUAAUUAUCAGAAAGAAUGUGUUUUCCAAGGAAUUUUACAACAUUCUCUGAAACACUUUAAUUAUAACAUGUUUUGUGUGUCUCGUAAGUGUUGAGGGCUAAUGGAUGGAGAGAAAGAAAGGGAGAGGGAGAGAGGAGAAGAGAAAGAGAGUGAUGAAACAGAGGAGGAUGCUGAGGGGGCAGCUUUGGUGUGGCAGGAAGGCUACCCUGAGGAUGACCUAGACUUACCCAUCAUGCACUGGGAAGCCCUGAGCCUGCGAAUCGCAGAACUUGAGAGGCAAGAGGAGGAACGAAGAGAGAGGAAUAAGCUGAAGGAUGCGGGCCGGUGGCCAGAGGGCUGGCCACAGUUCAACAGACACAGGGAGGCCUACGAGGAGAUGGAGGACAGUCGUCUGACUGCUCUUACAUCACGACUCCAGAGUCAUAUGAACCUACAACUGUGCUUCAUCAACAGUGAGAGUGAGGAUGAGGAAGAGGAUGCAAAAAAAGAGUUGGCCAAGCAGGGUGGGAGGAGCAGCAUCAGGCCGGCACAGCAGGACCCCAGCCCAGUUUCUAAAAGCAAAGCCAAAUCAGGGGGGUUGAAGAAAGAGGUCAGGGCUGCUCUCAGCAUGCUUAAAAACAAGCUACGGCUAGAACAAAAACAGACCAUACCACCUAGUGAUGCAGUGAAAAAGAGAACUCACUAUAAGUGUAGUGACUUGCAAAAUUUCACCUUAAAGGAGUUAAAUGCAUUGAAGACCACACUGAGCAAAGACAUUCAUGGUCUCAGCUCAGAAUUAGUGGGUCGACUUCUCACAAGAGACCAGCUGAGGACAGAGCAGGAUGCCAUGUUACUGGAGAUACAGGAUAUGACAUCACUCUGAUGUCUGAAGUUGCUUAUCAUAAGGGAUAAAACUUACUCUACAAAGAAACUAGGAACCUGGGAGAUCUGGAAGAAUCGAACUGUACUGUGAAAAGCUUCACUCCACUCUAAAAGACUUUAAAUUGUACAGAUUUGUUUCAGUAUUUGCCUUUGUUUUGGCUGUAUUGUUAAGUAGCAAUUUGAAAUGUGUUUUAAGGCACUCAUAAGAUGCUAUUGCUACCCAAGGAAAAACAUGUUUCCAAAAAGCUUUUUUUUUUUUUUUUUUUUUACAAAAAUAUUUUAUUUAAUCAUUCCAGUUAAUUUCGGCUUAUAUCUAUAAUUUAAUAGUCAAUAGUUUACAGUCACACACAGACAUUGUGAUGCUAAUAGAUAAAGCAAUAAACUCCAAGAGGGGUGAGAUAUGGAUGUAUAUUUGACACCCAAGUGAAAAUUAUGGAAGAGUCAAAUUGACCAAGCCUCACAUGCUAGAUUACAGGUCCUAAAACACCAUCUGGAAGAAUUAAA